UUCGUCUUCCUAAAGCCGCGCUUGCGCAGUGCGCCGCUUCCUCUUGGGGUCCGACCUCCUUUGCGGCAAAAUGGCCAAACGCACCAAGAAAGUCGGAAUCGUCGGUAAAUACGGCACCCGUUAUGGCGCCUCCCUCAGGAAGAUGGUGAAGAAAAUUGAGAUCAGCCAGCACGCCAAGUAUACUUGCUCCUUCUGUGGCAAAACCAAGAUGAAGAGGCGAGCGGUGGGGAUCUGGCACUGCGGCUCCUGCAUGAAGACGGUCGCUGGCGGUGCCUGGACCUACAACACCACUUCUGCUGUCACAGUAAAGUCGGCCAUCAGAAGACUGAAGGAAUUGAAAGACCAGUAGAAGCUCCACAAUUUGACGCAUUGCUAGCCUAUAAUAAAGGGGUUAAUUUAUCUAACAAA